AUGUCGGACCCGUCGCACCCCGAGUCGCGCGUCAUCGAUACGAGCAUCCUCAUCCAAGCCCCGCUCUCCACCGUCCGAACCGUCCUCCUCGACUUCGAAGCCUACCCGACCUGGUCCACCUUCGUCACCUCCGUCAAGCACAACCCCGCCAGCUCCCCCACAGCCGCACUGGCCCUCGGCGACGCGCUCACCGUCACGAUCAACCCACCCGGCGGGUCGCCCAUGACCAUGACGCCCAAAGUGGUGCACCUGGACGAGCGCGGUUUCGGCUGGCAAGGCCACCUCGCCAACAUCUCGGGUCUGUUCGACGGCAAGCAUCUGUUCCUGCUCGAGCAGGAGGGGGACAUGGCGACAAGACUGACGCACAGAGAAGAGUUUGGCGGAGUGCUGUAUACGCCGCUGAUGAGUUGGUUGGGGAUGGGCGCGAAGACAAAGCAGGGGUUCGAGGCGUUUAAUGAGGCGGUGAAGAGGAGGGCUGAGGAGGUGGCUGAUAAGCAGUAG